AUGAAUCUAAAAUCGAACACGACAGUUUUUCCGUGUGCCAAGUUUGAACGAAUAAGUGAAUCUGAUGGUAUUCGUGUGGCAACCUCUCUUCACCUUAAGCUCCAAACUGAAGAUCCUCAAGAAAAUUCUAUGAAAGAGCUUCAAUGUUACAUAACGGAAAUUAAACAGUUUGCGAAUGAUGCAUUGUGGCUCCUCGGAGAUUAUUUCGAAAUUAUAUCAAAGGAUGAAUCUGAGGAAUAUGGUCGGAUAGCAUGGGGCGUCUUGGAUGACGGAACUGUGAUUGAGUUCGAAAAAUAUUUGCCGGGAAAAUGUAACACUGACCCAAUUUGA